UGGUGGGAGGGGUCGACACUAAAAAACAGUGCACCGCCCAGCCAGCACAAAGUUUGGAAAGUCCUCACAUCGUUACAUUGUUACAUCGGCCACAUCCUACUACCAGUGGAUUAUAAAGCCUCGACUACUUUAUUCAACAAAGACACCCUAAAUAAAAAGGCUGGAAUUGUCUGCUCUCCUGCUGCCACAGUCACUUUUGCUCCGCCACCAGACGAGGAGGACACUUCAACCUCUGCCCGAGCAUCUCCAACCCCCCCAGAGACUCCUCUUCCACAAACUUUAAACUGACCAGAGAUGGAGGGUCACGUGGCGCGGUUUGCCCUUCUGCUAUGCAUCACUGUUGCAGCUUCUGCCUCAAAUCAGACGUGUGAUCCAACGGAGGUUACUGACAACCCGUGGGUCUACGUGAGCGAGAUGCUGAUUGGCUGUUGGUCCAGCUUCAUCAGAGAGGACAAGGCAGAGGUCCACAUCCUUAACCUGAACUUUGCCGGCACGGAUUCCAAGAUGUUCUCUCUGGAGAUGAACAACGCCAAGCCGACGACCCUCAUCCUCACAUCGCCGGACAUUGCCUACGGUCUCUCCAACAUCAACGCCGAUGUUCACAUUUAUAUAAACAACGACUCCACGAUUACCAUUCAUGGUAAUGAACAUCACAACAAUGUCCACACGCUACAGUUCCCCACCGAAGAUGAGGAGCUGGUCAAGUGGGCCAGACAGAAGUUCGGGGGUGUGACUUCACUCACCACAGUCCGAAAUCUGAAAACAAUGACAUCGACAGGAACCAAAGGAACCAAACCUGGCUCCCGUUCCUGCAUCCUUAGAAACGAGGAUGCAUUAGAGAAGCACUUUAUGAAGAUUGAAACGGCACCCCUGGCCGCUUCGGUCAAAUCGUGCUCGCCGCAGCAACAGAACCCCGGCGAUGACGCCGAGCUUCACAUCAUAAACAUCCCGGAGAAUGCCAGCACUCGCAAUGUAUCGCUUCGCGUCGACGCUAAGGAGACCAAAGUGUUCCUGAGAGGCCCUCAGGGCACCACGUGGACCUUCCUCAACCCAAUGCACACCCAGUUUGGUUCGAACAACGACAUCCUGCUGCCCACCAUCACACACAGAAUCCCGCCAUUAUUUACACUGAGCAGCGACAAUGCGGGGGAUGUGCAAAGGAAGGCCUUAGAACAUUUCAGAGUCACUACUUUCACCAGCUACACUGAACUCAGACCAGAGGACUAUAUGGUUAUGCUUGUUCUCAGGAAAAAAGACAACCCUGCAGUGAUAGACACAGCACCAGCACCAGUCAUUCCCAUCACAACUAACGCCCCUCAUCAGAUGCCUCUGGUGAUGCAGCUGUACGCCUCCCCAGACUACCGUUCUCCCCUGGACCCCAACACCAAGGUGCAGAGUGACAAGAGAAUUUAUGCAGAGAUUUCAGGGCACACUUUAGGGGAUAUCGAGUUGACCAUCAAGGUGAUCAGAUGCUUUGUGCGCUCCACGGGCUCGUGCCCCAUAGUGAAAGAGCUGCCUUUCAUGCCAGAGGCCUGCUCUGCAAACUCUUGUCCCGGCAGUGCCCGACUCAGCUUCUCCUUAGAUCAGCUCCCAGAGAUGACGUCCACCACGUGGGACAUGGAAUGCUCCGUCAAGCUUUGCUACAGUGAGAAAUGUGGAGAUGGAGGAAGAGUGAAGAGGAAUCUGGAGGUUACCCAGCCGUGUCUGCAACCACCAACCCCCCCAUGCUUUGAUUUUGGCCUACCUGGUGUUCUGGGCAUCGCAUUUGGAGGCUUCCUAAUUGGAGUAUUACUUAUUGGAGCAUUGUGGUUUAUCAGAAUUAAAACAGGGUACCCAACUGGACUGGACAUUAGCUCGACUGCAGCAAAUCUUCCUGGAUGUCCCUGCUCGGGAGCGAAACGACAACCUGUCUCCACCAACCCUUCCCCCUCUGAGAACAGCAGCGCCAACGCAAGCAUCGGAAGCACCCAGAGCACGCCGACCAGCAGCAUGGCAUGAGAUUAUGAUAAUCUCCACCACCACCAGCAGAGCCUUUAAAGUCACCUAUACGGGUUUUGUGCCUUUUUGUUUUUCUUUAAUAAUGCUUAAAAAGCAUUUCCCCUUCCCUCGCCCCCCCUCCCCACCCCUUCAAAUCCUCGUUUUAAAAGCACAACCCACAUCUUUGACUCGCCCAGCCUGAAAUGGAUGUGAUCUGGGAGUUUGUAAUGGUGGAUCGGGAGGAGGUGGGGGGAGCUGGGUGACGGAUAACAGAAGUCUAAUCAAUGGCCUCUGACGCUCACCCCUGCAGCCUCUCUGUAAAGUCAAGCUCCUAGACAGGAAGUUAAAGAGGGCAAGGGAAAAAAAAAAAAAAAUUGGCUCCCGGCAACAGGAAAAACAAACCAUAUCCCCCCCCACAAGAGCUAACAGGAAAUUCACUGCAUUCCUUUCAAUGAAUUGUGCUUGUGUGAUGGCAAGCACAAGAAUAGUUAGGCAGGAGACAAAACCAGUCAAAAGGCUGACUUUGAAAAACAGAUGAAAAGCUGUUUUUCUUUUGCGUUCACAUCUAAGCUACAAAAAUACGAAGGGCUUUUGGCUAGGUCGGUCCAAGAAAGUUAACGUCUCGGGGACUGGAAAAAGCUCAACAUGUCAGGAUCUCAAACCACUCAAUGGAAUGCUCGCUUCAAGGGGUAUUUUAUCUUAAUUGGAGUUCGAGGUCAAUAGUUAACAGCUACCUCCUGUUAUUUAGAAGUCUGGAGCUUAAGUUUCAACUUUAGAUUUCUCUGGUGAAAUAAUCGUAUUUUUCAAUUUUUUGUUUCAUUCUGUGUCACUUUGAAUCUCAUAGUUGACCCCUCUGGGUCAUUUGUAGCUCACGAGACAAAGUCAUGGUGCCAUUUUCGUGCUAUCCAAUAGCUGUAUUAAGUUUUUUUUUUUUUCUUCCAGUGUUUAUUGGAAGUUACAGAGAAUAUACACAUUAUUUCCCAAUUACUCAACAAAGCCAAUCCCAAGUCAUAUUUGUGGAAGCUACUUUUAUUAAUGCAAGCUGAGGAAUGAUCACUCUCGUAAUGUACAGUACAGCAUAGCAGAGAUACAUGGCUGUAUCCAGAGCUGAGUAAUGGGCCCAUAAUGAGGAGUUAGUACCAAAACUCUGCACAUCAGUUUUUCAGACCUCACACAGCUACGCCCACAAGGUGGAGUUUCCCCAAAAAUAGUCUGUCUGGAGGUGGAAUGCCAGUACUUUUUCCUCCGCACAAUGUCCAUUCUCAAUCCAUCACCACCGCCUGACAAUUAGUUGUAACCACAAUUUUUCACUAUGUGGUAACAUACAUGAACACAUACAAGUUUAAUCACAACCAUGUAGCACUAGAUGCCAAUGUUUAUGGUGUAUAAACCAUCUUCCUAUAUUUGAUGAUCAAGACUUUCAGCAAGUAUAAAGUGUCCAACCUGCUCUUCUCAUUCUAAACGUAUCUUGUGAUUGGAGACGAGUGCACAGAAGAGAAAUAAUUUUUAGACCGUGACCGUGACCAUACAAAUUCCAAGAGACUUUUAUGCCUUGUGGGGGAGAACUUAAGGUACAAACAAUAGGCUAAAAUGUUCCAUAAUGAUAUUCACAUUUUAAGUUUGUCUUACACUGAAAGGAAAUGAAAUCUGUGAGAUUUCAGGCAAAUGUUUGUUUUCAACUAAUGGGCUAGAAAAAAAACCCAUUUCCAGGUGAAAACUUUUAAACUCAGACGAGUAGACUGUCACUCGAUAUCACGGCAAAGCGUGUAAUAGACCCGCAUGUCCACCAGAGGAUAGCGUGCCAGUGUCGCAACUUACCUCGCCGAGGCUUGAAUAUUACACGCGUGUAUUAAAGGUCCCAUAUUAUAAAAAA